AUGAAGAUUAUUCUGCUAUUGUUGCCGAUCUCGUGGCUGGCUAUGUGCCUGGCGACACCAUUGGAGAAGCUCGACAAGAUUAGCGUGCUCGAGCAGCAGUCUGUGACGCUAACGGAUCGGGCCAAGUACGAGGAGGAGUUGCUUCGAAAGCUUAACUCCAAGUGCUCGCAAAACGACAUGAGCAGCUGCGUGAUGUUGAAGUUGGUUACCUACAUGAACAAGCUACUGAAGAAGGCGUCGAUCGAGCUGACGGACGAUAUCGAGAUCAGAAAAACCAGCCAAGCCUCCGAGGAGGUGAUUACGUUCGAAGCUGGCAGAAGCAACGACGAUGAGUCUGAGGUCCUCGACCUUGUCGCCAACAAGGUGUAUGCGUUCAUCAAGUCUAGAAGUAUCAAAUGGAGAAUUCUACCGGAAGAUGACGUAGUUGUUUCCGCUUCGGAGGACGAGAACGGAUCGUUGAAUCUUGGCUUGUCCAUCGAAAGGGCGGACAAUAUUCCAGUGCAGGAUGGUCGCGGAAAGAAGAACAAUAACAUGGGUCCGUUGAUCGCGGCGGCGGUGCUGAAGAUCGGUCUGAUCGGUGGUCUGGCCUUCAAGGCGCUCGCGUUACUUGUCGGCAAAGCGUUGCUCCUUUCCAAGAUCGCUCUUUUACUGGCCGGUAUAAUCGGUCUGAAGAAACUGUUCUCGCAACAGAAGCACGUGACUUACGAGGUGGUCGCUCAUCCUCAUCACACUUCCAGUCACACGUUGGAUCAUGGACACGGGGACAGCUAUUCCAGCGGCUGGGCCAGAACUUUCCAUGGUCAAGGUCCGAUUUCCGGACAGACAGACGCUCACGAUCUAGCUUACUCGGCGCACGCGAAGAGCGCGUCUAUACGCGGACAGCAACGUCGUUGUUUGGCCCUCUGUCUGCUGAUCGUUUGCCUACUUUCUACCACGAAACAGGCCUACUCCGCGGACGCCAACGAUACGAAGGAUUCUUUCAGCGGAUUUGCGACCGACUGCUCCACAACGGACUCCAAAAACGUAUCUGUAUCCUGCUACGGAGUUAGGAUAGUCAGGAAGAUCAUGCAACAGCUAUUAGAGAAGUCUAGCAAGGAGCCUAAUAUCGAGAUCUUUGAUGGCGUUAGUUUGGUCGAGGUACCAGGAACUGGUCCCAUUCGUAAAGGAAGGUUCAUGAAAGGAUUUGGAAAUAUGGGAACCCUGAUGCAGUUUCUGGAGGGAAGAGAACUCAGAAUUAAGCUGCCAAGCUUCUUGCCGCAAAAUAUCGAGAGUGCUCUCCAAGAGAGUCUACCGGCUGAUCAAGCCAGAGCAGGUGGUGGUGGCGGAUUUGGAGGCGGCGGAUUCGGAGGCGGCGGUGGUGGUGGCGGCGGCGGAAAGAAGGGCGGAAAUGGCGGAAUAAUGCUAUUGGCGCUGAUGAUGGGCAAGAUGAUGGCUGCGCUAGGAUUCGGUGCUCUCGGUUUGCUAGCCAUGAAGGCGUUGAUGGUGUCGGCACUGGCGCUCAUGCUCUCGUUGAUUGUCGCCGUGAAGAAGUUGGCGAGCAGCCACGACAGCGGCGGUGGACAUCACGUAGUCUACGCGCAGGACGUCGGCCACCAUCACUACCGGAAGAAACGGUCCCUCAGCGAGGAAGACCACGAUCUUCCGUAUAGAGGCUACGCGCACCUGUUCGGUGAUUCGCGGGUGUCCUGA